AUGAUCUAUUUGGGGCUUAUAAACUAAUUUCUGAAUUGUAAAGAUAAAUAAGGGUUUGAACAGUAUUAAAUAAAAUUAGGACAUUUAUCUAAAAUUAAUUCCAUUUAUCAUAAAAACUUAAGAAUUUUUGAAGAAUCCAAUUCGGAAAGAGUAAAUAAUUUAUUCAUUAAUCGAAUUCAUUUAAUACUCAAAAGAUUCAAGCCUAUUGUUCUUAAUCCUUAAUAAAUUUAUACAUAGAAAUUUUGCAAGCGAAAUAUUAAUGAACCUAUCUUAAUCACAAAUAAAAUAUUAAUUUCAAGAUUCGUUUAUUAAUAUAACAACCUACAAGAGAAAGGAAUUGAAGGAUAAAUACUAUAAUCAUUUGCUAGUCGAUAUUUAAAAGAAAAAAAAUUAAAUUAAGUUCAUUUAUCUAAUGCCUAUAUUAUAGUGAUUAGAGAUCUAAUUUUUUCCUUUUUAUUUGAUAUUUACUUUGAUUAAAGAUUGACAAGAUAGAAAAUAAUUUGUAGUAGAAUAAGCAAAAUUAAAAAGACUCUGUUUUGCAGAACUUGUUAAAACAAUCAGAGGUUUUAAUUAUGCUGUCGAUGCAACUAUAAAUACAUUUGA